UCUAUCUAUCUGUAUGUCUGUCUAUCCAUCUCCCUAUUUUGUAAUUUGCCAGUUCACCAGGGAGGGUGAAGGCUAGCAGGUGCUUCCUCUGAGCUACUGCAUCUUUUUUCAAACUGCUGUACAUGCCACAUCACAGGGCAGUAGCUGAGCACUAGCUGUCCCUUUCUAUAUACAUGAACUCACAGAUGCCCAUAACUGCAUAAUGUCACUCUGAUUGAUAGGAGAGAGAGAAUAAUGUCAUCUGUCCCACUUCUGUCUCAUAUCUCAUAUCUAACUACCUGUUGUUGGUGUUGUUCGUCUUCUUCUUCUUCUUCUUCUUCUUCUUCUUCUUUUGUUACAACAUUUCUGUUUGUGUUUUUGUAUAUUUUUCCCACAAAUACAUGUGGCAAAACCUGGGGCCACUUCCCUUUGUAAGGUUUAUGCAUUUCGUAAGGAUUCUGCUUCUGUAAACCUCACUUCCUUUUUUUCUCUUUCCAUCACUCUUCAUCUCUCUGUGUAAUAUGUGCUGAACAGACAGAAAGACAGGAGAGACUGUAAGACCACUUUGGCACUGUUGAAUGUCCAGUAUUCUUGGUGACAAUGGCAACACCUGCAGACUAUAGUUCCCAAUCUGUUUCAGAUUAUCUGGACUAUAACGAAACAGAUGAAAAUUCCUCACCCUGCAAUCUGGCAGAAACAUGGCGUUUCAUUCGUCUGUUUGCCCCUACAGCCUACAUCAUGAUCUUCAUCCUGGCUGUACUGGGUAACGUGCUAGUGCUGUUUGUAAUCCGCCGCUAUCGUCAGUCCCACCACAGUCCCUGCUCCUUCUCGCUGACCGACACAUUCCUGCUCCACCUGGCCAUCUCUGACCUUCUGCUAGCCCUGACGCUGCCCUUCUUUGCAGGCCAGUGGAUCAGUGAGUGGGUGUUCACCACAGGCGUAUGUAAAGUGGCAGGUGCACUCUUUUCACUGAAUGUCUACUGCGGCGUGCUCUUCCUUGCCUGCAUCAGCUUUGAUCGCUACUUGGCUAUCGUCCAUGCCAUCCACACCAGCUGGAGGCACAAUACAUGCCUGGCUCAGUUAGCCUGUGCACUGAUCUGGAUCUGCUGCAUCGGUCUUGCUGCCAUUGACAUCCAUUUCCGAACUGUGGUGGUGCUACCUGGCUAUGAUAAGCAAGUGUGCAUUUUAGACUUCAAAAGUGAGAGUUUUAAACAAUGGCAGCUAAGCCUGCAGCUCGUCAACCUGCUGCUAGGCUUUGGCCUCCCACUACUGGUAAUGCUCUACUGCUACUUACGCAUUUUCCACACAUUGUGUCACACAAGCACACGCAGGCAGAAGCGACGCUCCCUCAGGCUCAUCAUCUGCCUAGUGGCCGUGUUUGUGUUUUGCUGGGCACCAUACAACAUCUUUAAGAUGGUUGACAGCUUGAUGAUACUGGAAAUAGUGAGUUCCAGCUGCGAGCUGCACUACGUGCUUGAUAUCGGCAUCAUGGUGACAGAGACCCUGGGACUGGCUCACAGCGCCCUCAACCCACUGCUAUACGGCUUUGUGGGUGUCAAGUUCCGCCGUGAGCUUUUCCAGAUGUUCAAGACAGCUUUGAGUUCUGCUAAAUGCCUUGGGUUGACCAAAUGGGCGCAGGAUCAAGGAAUCACUCGCAGGCCAACAGGUUCCUUCAGCUCUGUGGAGAGCGAGAACACCUCCUACUUCUCAGUUGUGGCAUAAGUAAAGCGAUUGCUGGGCAUUUUUGUUUGUUUGUUUUCAUUUCAUUUGAGAGAAAAAAAAUGUACAUAUUGUUUGUAAAACAAAAAUUAUUUUUGUAAUCCCAAUAUUAUAUUGUUGUUUUGCUAUAUAAACAAAUUUUGCAUUUUCCCCUUUUUUUUUACAGUUUAAUUAAGAAGGAUAUAUAUUUCAUGUUUUAUUGAUAGUUUAGUAAGCAUAAAUGCCACUGCUAAAAAAAUGUUGUCUUAAGCAGGAAGUGAAACUAUUUUCAGAUUUUCAUUUUAAUUUCUCUCUUCUUAUUUUUCAAAGCAAUAUUUCCAAGUAAUGUUUCCAACCAUCUUGUCAAGAAGCUAAGUCAUCAGUUCCAUACAUAGCUUUUUUUUUUUUUUUUUUUUUUUUUUUUUAAAGAGGCAAACGUUCUACUGGUGCAGCCAAACCAGAAGCUCAUUAAAAACUACACUGUAUUAGUAUUUUGUUUUGGAUGAUAGAUUCCCAUGUAUUAACUGUAUUAAUGCACCAGUUGAAAUGGGUUUGAAAUAUGGUGCUAAUGGUAUUUUCCUCUCAACUUGUUUGAAAUUUGUAAAAACAUGCUAGUGUUGAUUUCUUGUCAUGAUAUAGUAUACAUCAUAUACUACACUCUAAAGAAUUUUGUUUCUCUGGCUUUCUUUUUUUUUUGCCUAUACCUGCUUUGAAGUAGAAGAUGUAUUUUAUAGCUGUUCUCAACAAUUUUCAGCACAGAAAGUUAAGACAUGGAGACCUGUAGUUCUCAGUUAAUGUGUUUCCAGAAGAACAAGUUAGAUGUCUUACUUUUGCAGGUGAAGCACAGUAAUAAGCUUUGUUUUUUCAUAAAACAAAAUAAAAAAAAAACAUUGUUAGCUCAUAUUUAAUAAAUCAUGAUUAAAUUCUAACUGGUUAUUAGAGAAACUUUUGUAAUUCUGUUAACUCAGAACCAGUUAUUCUGCUCAAUAAAGCAAAUAAAUUGUCUUUACUUGGGUUGAAGGUAUGUAGUGGACUGGCACUUGCAGAUUCUGAGCUGGGAUUACUGCUUGUGUGGAGUGUCUGUGCAUGUUCUCCCCAUGUCUCCCGGGCUUUUGUCUGGGUACUUUGGUUUCCGCCCACUUCCCAAAAACAUGUCAGUAGGUGGAUCAGCUAUACGCCUAUUUGCUGCCUCACGUCCAGUGUUCCCCGGAUAAUCUCUAGAUCCACCACAACCAUGACCAGAAUAAAGCAGUUACUGAAAAAGUAUUAAUUAAUAAAUGAACAGGACAACGAUCUGAAGCGUACUUCUAAGCUAUGCAAGAACUAUUAGGUAAAUAAACAAUGUACUGUCAGAGUACUGUCAUUGAUUGCCAUUGUCAUUGAUUAGCUAGCACAACUGCCAGAUCUCAGCCCUACUGAGCUUUUGUGGGGGGAGAUUCACUGUAAAGUCAGAGAUAAACUGCUCUACUGUACAAGCCAGUCACUAUUCUUGGAAGAUAAACUGAAGGCAUGGGUUGAAAUUUGUAGAAUGAAUUAUGUCUGCAAAGCUUUAACUGUAGCAAAUGGAGGAUUCUUUGAUGAUUUGAACUGUUAUAUUAAAUAAAAAAUGAAUAGUCUUUACAUAAGGUCUAAUGUAUUGACUAUAAUUAUGAUCAAUUUAUUGCUUAAUUUUAAAAAUUGUAUGCAAUCUUUCAAAAAAAAAUUCAAAACUUUUGCACAAUGCUGACUAGUAAAUAUACAGCGGUAUAAAGUGUAAAGACAUAAAGUGUCUUAUUAAGGGAAUUGUUGGGAAUUGUUGUCUUAUGGUGGGAAUUUUGUUCUGACUUGUAGAAAUAUGCUAUUGCAAGCUGCUAACAUGGUUUGGGCUGUGUCCUUCACUGCACAGAUUAUUACAGUUUUCCUUAAUUACUUAGAUAACUACAACCCUUACCUUUUACCUGAGUAAAAGCAUUACUCAUAGCAAGCAUAAAAGAACCCUAAAUACUCCAAACUCAAAUCAAUCACAUGUGCAAAAACUUACAAAGUCAAUCAGUAGAUCACUGUUACUAACUGGACAGUUCCCUUUAAAACUUUGCAUAGACCUCGUACUUUAAAUGUUCCUUUUAAAAGGAAACCUAUAUCUUUUCCUUAGAGGCACUUAAUAUCUCCUUAGUACCCUGUCAAAACCUGAAAGUGUCACAGAGGAAAUAUUCUGAAAGACAGCAGCAAUCUUCAGAUUUAAUGCAUUAUUACUCCUAACUAUGCUGACUCCCUUUUGAGUCGGAUUCCUCUCAAGGUUUCUUCCUCAUGUCAUCUCAGUUGAGUUUUUCAUUCCCACUGUCGCCUCUGGCUUGCUCAGUAGGGAUACAUUUAUAAAUUUAAAAUUUAUAUCUGGAAUUUAGAUAUUUCUGUAAAGCUGCUUUGUCCAUUGUAAAAUUUACAGAAUUCAGAGUUUAGAAUUCUCACUUCUGAGUUAAGUCGUAUGCAGCAUUAUCCAACAAGGAAAUUGGCUCUUUUUAUUGGAAAGGCAGGACUAACAUAACACAGCUACAAUAUUGACCUUUACGUGCUGCCCCAGUCAUAUUUUGAGCAGUGGCAUAUUUCUACCCAUAGCAUCUUGGGUCAAUUUAUGUAUAAAGAACUAUACACAGAUCAGCCAUAACAUUAAAACCACUGACAGGUGAAGUGAAUAACAUGGAUUAUCUCGUUACAAUAGCACCUGUCAAGGAGUGAGAUAUAAUAGGCAGCAAGUGAACAGUCAGUUCUCGAAGUUGAUGUGUUCGAAGGAGGAAAAAUGGGCAAGCGUAAGGAUCUGAGUGACUUUGACAAGGGCCAAAUUGUGAUGGCUAGAUGACUGGGUCAAAGCAUCUCCAAAAUAGCAGGUCUUGUGGGGUGUUCCUGGUACGCAGUGGUUAGUACCUACCAAAAGUGAUCCAAGCAAGGACAACCGGUGAACCAGCGACAGGGUCAGGGGCGCCCAAGGCUCAUUGAUGCGUGUGGGGAGCGAAGCCUAGCCUAUCCGCUCCGAUCCCACAGAAGAGCUACUGUAGCACAAAUUGCUGAAAACGUUAAUGAUGUCUAUGAUAGAAAGGUGUCAGAACACACAGUGCAUCGCAGCUUGCUGUGUAUGGGGAUGCGUAGCCACAGACCGGUCAGAGUGCCCAUGCUGACCCCUGUCUACCACUGAAAGUACCUACAAUGGCCAUGUGAGCACCAGGACAGGACAAUGGCACAGUGGAAGAAGGUAGCCUGGUUUGAUGAAUCAUGUUUUCUUUUACAUCAUGUGGAUGGCUGGGUGCGUGUGCGUCGCUUACCUGGGGAAGAGAUGGCACCAGGAUGCACUGUGGGAAGAAGGCAAGCCAGCGGAGGCAGUGUGAUGCUCUGGGCAAUGUUCUGCUGGGAAAGCUUGGGUUCUGGUAUUCAUGUGGAUGUUACUUUGACACGUACCACCUACCUAAACAUUGCUGCAAACCAGGUACACCCCUUCAUGGCAAUAGUAUUCCCUAAUGGCAGUGGCCCCUUUCAAAAGGAUAAUGCUCCCUGCCACACUGCAAAAAUUGUUCAGGAAUGGUCUGAGGAACAUGACAACGAGUUCAAGGUGUUGAAUUGGCCUCCAAUUUCCCCAGAUCUCAAUCCGAUCAACCAUCUGUGGGAUGUGCUGGACAAACAAGUCUGAACCAAGGAGGCCCCACCUCACAACUUACAGGACUUAAAGGAUCUGCUGCUAAUGUCUUGGUGCCAAAUACCACAGCACACCUUCACAGGUCGUACAAAACAGUCGUACAAAAACAAGAUGGUCCAUCGCAAAAGUUAACAUUUUUUAAAUGGAUACUAUUUAAUAAUUUUUAUAUGGUGUAUAGUUGUUUGUAUUAGUUCUGUAUUUUAAUAUUUCAGUGUUUCACAUACUGAUAUGGCCAGUCUAUUAGUUACUAUAUUUUCAUAACCAAUAAUCUGGUAACUCAGUGUAUACACAGUAUAUACAGUACGGCAAUUUAAAAAGGAUAUUGUCCAUUGAAAACUAAAUAUCUGCCAUUGACAGUUUGGCAGUUUGGUUGCUACAUUACAUGUCUGUAAUGUAGCAACACACGCAGUGUAUGUUUAUGAUGGUGUUUAUUCACAGGAGCUGUAAUGAUCAUGAGUAUUUUACAGUGGUUACAAGCUACAGGCUGGGUCUGUGCUUAGAAAAAACAAAAGUAUUUUAUUGUGUAUAUUGUAUUAUGAGUAGUCGUUGUGUAAAGUAUUGUAUUUGUGAGUGUUGUAUUUUCCUAUAGACUAGAGGUUGUGUAUUGAUGACAAAGAUUAUAGUGUUUAGUGAUGUAAGAAGUUAAAAUCAAACCCUUUAGUCACUUGCUGCAGUAGUGUCUUUGUGUACACUAAUGAAAUUAUCCAGAAAAGCCUAGACUUUACAUGUCAUGUGUGUAAAUAAAUGCAAUGUGCCACAUCUCAAGUUGUUUCUUUCCCAGAAUUGUAUUGCUGUAAAGGAGAAGAGGACUAUAAUAAUGAGAAAAUGUAUAAUAAAAUUGGGAGGGCGAAAAAGGAAAAUGUGUCUUAUGGGAUAACAUGUUCAAUUAUCUCCAGAUCCAGUAGCACUUACAGUUUUACUCCUGAUGGUUGCAGUUCCACUGCGUGUUAAACAGCAGCUGCUUGUGCGUUUGGAGUGUCAGGGAAUAAAUCAUACCUGGAAAUUAAGCUAAUGUAAUGCAUAAUGUAAUAAACUUGGAUGAUUUUCAAAGUUAAGAUCAUCAUAACUGGGAGAGAGAGCGUGUGUGUUGCAGUGCUUUUGGAAACUCAGCUCUGAUCACAUACUAAAAAAUUCAGCGAAAUUAUUCUGUAGCUGUAGUCUGCAAUUAGUGUGUCUACACUUACACAACUGCAUAGCUUUUGUCUGGCUGUU